AACAUCUGUAACGACAAGUUUAUGAUUUUCAUCACAAUCAUUUGCGUAACUUUCUUCGUAAGAACGUGAUGUUAUGCAGUAAAACAACGUGUCAAAUCUCAAGUAUAUUCUCAUCAAGACAUGAUUAAUUAAGGUAACUUUUAUCUUAAAUACCGAUUUCAUGCGUUUCCAUGAUAAACUCGUAGAGUAUAAAUGGAGAUGUUUGGUUUUCAAUUUAUUCAAUAAUCCCAGUUCUGUUCAUUCGACAUGAGAAAAUUCAGGGCUCUACUUUUGGCCCUAGCCUUUAACCUUGCUAAAGGCCACGGUGCUUACUGGGGGACUCCGAACCAUCUCCAUCCAGUUCACGAGCUCUACAUCAAACCUUCAACGGAUGGAACUACAGGUGACUUGUAUGUGGCUGCCACCGAAGAGAACGGCGUGAAAGCGCAAUGGCUGACUGACCAGCCUGUGAACUUCUUGCCAACUCCAGCGGCUCAACACGCAGCUCUGCCGAUAUCAUAUUUAUCUAGCCUUACUGCAGCUGCUUUGCCACACGACGAAUCCGUUGCAGCGCCACAAAAACGCGCUGUACUGACCAACCCAGCUAUAAAAUACACCUAUGCCCUACCCGUGUCAGGCUCUCCUGAAGGCAGCACGGUUCCAUACCCCUACGCUUUACCAUCGGCACCAGUAACUACUGCCACUUCAAGUGAAAGCUCAACAGAAUGCUCAGACAAUCCGACUACCUCUGUUGCAUACCCGCAUUAUUCGUCCUUCUACUACCCGCAAAUGAUGGCAGCAUUUGCACACGCAAUGAGCAGUGCUCUCAAGGAAGCAGGAGCUACGAGUGAAACAGGGACAUCGACAGCACAAGCAGUCCAACCUGCUGCCAUGUGGCCCUACGCGUACCCAUACCCGGUGCAAUAUGUAAUGAUGGACCCCAAUGCAUGGGCUCAGAGCCAAACCACCGCUGCCCCUGCAACACAGCCCACUACAACUGCAAGUCCUCCAGCUGCUUCUGAAGAAACUGUAUAG